CCGGGGGGCUCUGCGCAGCGGGGCUGGCGGUACCGCCGGGCUGCCGCCCGCCCGCGGGCCCGGGGCGCGGCCCCGGGGACAAAAAAUCCGCGCGGGUGUAAAGCUGCCCCGGGCCGGGGCGGGAAAGCAGGUUCCGCCCCGGGGCGGGGCGCCGGGCGGGCAUGCGCAGGCGGUGACCUUCCUCACGUGCGCUGGCGGCCCGGUCACUGCGGCGGGGAGCGCAGCGGCGACAUGGCAGGAAAAGCAUUUAGGAAGUUUCUUCCCCUCUUUGAUCGUGUUCUGGUUGAACGAUGUGCAGCUGAGACAGUAACCAAAGGAGGCAUCAUGAUUCCAGAAAAAGCCCAAGGGAAAGUGCUACAAGCAACGGUAGUAGCAGUUGGCUCUGGAGCCAAAGGAAAGGAUUUCUACAAUUGGCCUGAUGAGUCCUUUGAAGAAAUGGAUAGCACAUUAGCUGUUCAGCAGUAUAUUCAGCAAAACAUAAGGGCAGACUGUUCCAACAUUGACAAGAUCCUUGAACCUCCUGAAGGCCAGGAUGAAGGUGUCUGGAAGUAUGAACAUUUAAGACAAUUCUGCCUUGAGCUCAAUGGACUAGCUGUCAAGCUUCAGAGUGAAUGUCACCCAGACACGUGUACUCAGAUGACAGCAACUGAACAGUGGAUUUUUCUUUGUGCAGCUCAUAAAACUCCCAAAGAGUGUCCUGCUAUAGACUACACCAGACACACACUUGAUGGAGCUGCAUGCCUUCUGAAUAGCAAUAAGUAUUUCCCCAGCAGGGUUAGCAUAAAGGAAUCCUCUGUAGCCAAAUUAGGAUCAGUGUGCCGAAGGAUUUACAGAAUAUUUUCACAUGCUUAUUUUCAUCACCGGCAGAUAUUUGAUGAAUAUGAAAAUGAAACUUUCUUGUGUCACCGGUUCACUAAAUUUGUGAUGAAGUAUAAUCUGAUGUCAAAGGAUAACCUGAUUGUACCUAUUUUGGAAGAAGAAGUGCAAAAUUCAGUGUCAGGGGAGAGUGAGGCAUGAUGGGAAUGGCAAUAGAGAAGCCUGUAUUGAUAUAAACAAAACAUUAAUUACUGUAUAUAUCAGUAUAGACACUUUGAUCACCUAUCUGCAUAGCUUUGUUAGUAUACUUUUUGUAUGCUGUGUGCAUUGCCUUUUAAUAUGGGAAAUACUUUAAGUUAUUCAUGGGCUGUAUAUUCAUCAAUGUGGCACUCAUGGUUUUCAAAUAAAAGUAGUAGUAUCUGUUUAUAAUGCCUGUUAAUAAAACAAUUUACAGUUCUCUAAAAUUGCUGCUAAACAAUCAUUGAAUCACAAUCCUGAACAUGAGUCUGAUUUGGUGGGAAAAAAGUGAGAUUAAGAUUUCACAGCAAGCCAUUUUUUUAAUGCAGUAACUGUAUUAAGUCUUAGUUCAAUGAUUAUCACCUUAAAUAUGUAGUUUUGCAGGUAGUUUCUUGCAAUGUAGCUGAUUCCUAAUUUAGCUUGUAUUUUUUUUACGAUGGCUUUGAAGAUUUACUUUUGGAUGUGCAUAUUCCUGUAUGUGUAUAUCCAAAUACUAAUAGCAUCUAUAGUAUUAAUACCAAAAGGACAAUUCCACUAUGCUAUUGAAUAUAUAUAUAUUCUUCAGAUACAGCUAAUGCACCUUCUGAACUUGUUUUUUUGUUACCAGUGGAGGUUAGUGUACAGCAGGGGAACAGGUUCUGUCCUGUGAAGGCAGACUUCUGCUGUUCUGUAGUCCAGUCCACAACUUCUCCAAAGAAUAACUGGCAGAGAAGUCAGUGGCUUAUACCUGUGCAUAUUUAUGGCAACUGCUUACAGAGUAUACCUCAUAAAUAUUCAUGUUACACUACAUAACACACUAGCAGAGUCUUUGCUUAUAUUCCUAGUAAAACACUAAGUACCUGAAAUACUGAACCUGAUUCUUUGCAACAGCUAAUAAUGUUUUCAACGUAUGUUGUUUUUCUUUAUUCACCUGAAUGACAUCCUUUGACAGAAAGAUUUGGAUUCAUGCUUCUGUUCCCUAUGUUUAUUUCAAGUUGUGUUUGCAGAUUUGCAGUAACUGACAGUUUCCAUGAGUGCUGCAUAAUUGUGUCAUGUCUAGAACUACAGAAUUAAAUGUUUUAGAGAUGAAUAUAGCAGACAGUGCUAAGCAUACAGGAAUGCAGGGUCUAAAAACACUAGCAGUGUUUUUACAUUAAAUGAAUUCUGCUUAGCUGUUUAAGAAGUUAGCUGGUUGUUUCUCUAUGUGGUUGCCAGGGGCACUUUAUCUCUUUAAGCAGGUCAGAAUGGGCUAACUCAGAUAGUUUCUGUAAUUUACACUGUUUUUUACAUUAUACCUACCUGGAAAGAAGGGAGUCCACCUAUUUUUAAUAAGUCUUUUUUCAUAAUAUACUAAACAUGCCUUAAGUUCUAUUUUUCCUUAUAUGAAUCAAGCACACCUCAAGCAACAGUACCACUGGGAUAUAAAGGGGAUUUGAACAAUGAGAAAAUAGAGAGACUAAGCUUAAUUACUUAAACAGCUGUAUCCUUCAACCAGCUCUUUUUGUCUCAUGUUUAUAAUUGUAUUUAAUUGUCAGCAGGGGAAUUGCAUGAGAUGUUGUCUGAGUGAAAGUAGCUUUAGUUACUGUCUAUACACUUAAAUGUAACUUGCCUUGUAGAGACCAGGUUCUUGAUUUUGACAGAUAUCUUGAAGUUUGUGCUGCAGGUAGGAGGGCUGUAUUCUGGAGGUAGCAAAAGGUAUGUAGUUUAGUUACAGUCAGCUGUAGGACCGUCCAUGAUGUGUUUUUUGGUACAGUCAGUCACUCUAUGUGCUUCUGUUGGCCACAGUGACUGAGACAGGCAAAACAUGUAACUGCUGUUGCUAAUUACAUUUCCUCUACAUAAUCGAAGACAACAACACAGUGCUUGGGUCUGCAAUGAAAUUUUAAACUUUUCUUCCUCUUAAUCCUUCAAGAGUUUCACUGCAGAACAAAAUGUGUGAAGUUUUAAUCCUGUUUAUUCUCAGAUUUGCACUGUAAAGUUGACUUGCUGUACUAAAACUGAUUUUAUAUAAGGCCUAAGUGAAACACUGCUUGUAUUUUCCCUUGCUGUUGUUUACAUGAGUACUGUGUACACAGAUGUGCCUGAAUGGUACCAUACAACUUCAGUUAACCUAAACGAACCAUAGAUUUGUCUAAUAAAUAUUAACAGGUUUAUUUAGACUCUACAUAAUAGGGAAAACAAGACUGUCUUUCCAUUAUAUUAUGUAAAAAAAGAUAAAAUUAAACUUUAUCCAUACCACUA